AUGACCCAAUCUCGAGAGUGCCGUUGCUAUGGGUACAGUAGCGUCGCAGUCAGUAAGGAAGCUGCUCCACAUAAUUCUCCACACCAAACAGCUUUAAUUUAGUGGGAAAACAGCCUCCAAAUUGUGUCUAGCGCGAUAUUUGGAUGAAUGAAAGAUCAUGGAGCAUGAUGAUGAACUGAAUGAUUUGCGGCUUCAGUUUGAAGUGCUACAAAAACAGCAGGAGAAAAGAAAACUGGAUAGGAAGAAGGAGAAAGAACCGGAUAAACUAAAUGUCAGCGCUGCCCAAGACGAUCUGGAUCUAUCUCAGCAAGGUAUUCAGGCAGAUAAUCCAGAAGACAGACUGCCUGGCCUACAGAAUGAGAAUUUACUAGACCAGCUGAGGGAGCUUAAGGAUGAAAAUGGUCGCCUCUUCAAACUUCUGAGUGAAAAAAACUUUGAGAUUAAACACCUGACGAAGAAAAGAGAGGAAGAACGCUUGGCUUUAGCAGGCACAUCGGGCCUGGCAGGGGAUAUAGCGGCCACCAAGAUUGUUGAGCUGUCUAAGAAGAAUAGAGAGCUAACUGCUGAAAUUGAGCAAGAAAAAAUUAAAUCCAAGCAAAACAGCAACAGAAUCAAAGAGCUUGAGAAAAAGCUGCAGGCUGCUUUGGUGCAUUCUCCAUCUGGACAAAAGCAAGAUACAAAGUCACAGAAUAAAGUUUCAUCUGAAGACUGUGAGCAGGAAAAUCCAGUGGUGAAAUCACUGCAGGAAAAAUUAUCUGCUGCCCAGCUGAAAGUGACUGAGUAUCGCAACCAGGUUCAAUCUGUCAAACAGGAGUUGAAAGUAGCUCAUAAGGUUUUAAUCAGUGAGGUUGGAGAGGGGGUCAACCUUCAGCAAGUGAUUAGCUGCCCAGGAAGCUUUAGAGGUCGCUCUCAGCAAAUACUGGCUCUUCAGACAAGGUUGCGGGACCUUGAGCAGCAGCUGAACCAGGUAAAUCAUCGAAGACAGCCAACUUUCCUGAGUGUUGAGGAAGAAUUUGUGGGCAUGGGGGUCCUUCAGAAAACCCCUCCUCAAGAAAGGAACCUCAGCUACAUUCGCACCAUCGAGAAGGAGAGGAAGGAGGCAUUUGAGAGGAUCUCAGUGGAUUAUGAGACACUCCUGAAAGACCACGAGGAUAUGAAGAAAAAGCUGGAAGCCUCUAAAGCCAGGAACAAAUCUCUGUCAAGUGACAUAAAAAUUCUUAAAGGCCAAAUCUCCACCCUUCUGGAGAAGGGGAAGCAUGAUGAUGAGCUUGUGGAUGCUCUGCUGAAGCAGCAGACCCGCAUGCAGGAGGUGCUGAAACAGCUCAGCCAACAGCAGAGCAAACAAAGCAAGGAGACCCAGCAGAGCAAGAUGCAGCAGCCGAGGAGUGAGCCUUCAGAGCAAGACACUCUAAUCCAGAAGCUUAAGACCAAGAUCAAAGAACAGGAGAAGAGAAUCAAGCAGCUCUCUGUCAAGGAAGAGGGCGAGGAAAAGCAGUCCAUCCCAAAGAUGACAAUUUGCAGUUCACAAUCUCCUCCUGAAGAGGGGGACAGUAACAAGAGAAUAACAUCUCCAAGAAAAAGAUCUGAAGCAGAGGGUUUUGGAGGCAGAGCAGAAGGCCCAGGAGGAAUGCCACGGGAUGGUGGUCUUUGAGCAGCAGCUGGAGAGGACAAAAUUAGAUUGAAAGUAGCGACUGUAAAAGCAGAGAGGGUAGAACAUGAUGCCAGCAUGAUGCAACAAAGUCGAGCAGAUUUUCAUUUUUUUUUUUCAAUGCUCUGACUCAAUUUACUCCCUUGUCAGUCCCGCUUGUGGCUACGACGACUCUGUGCCUCUGGAGCAGCGGCGAUCAGCACCAGGCUGGCACCAAUUUCCAAGCAACAGGGACUGAACAGACUGUAUAGCAAGUCCGGCAUUCACAAUAAUGUAGUUUCUAAAUGUGAGAAUGCUGUAGAUAGUCUUGAACUGGUUUUGAACACUAGCCAGAUUUAGUUUUACUCCAAAUACCAGAUAUGAAUGCAUAGUAAUGGACACACUGCCCGUGGACAGUGCUCAUUCAAACGCUCAUGUUUGGUCUGCACAGAGAUGUUCAAGUUGCUCUUAUGCGUCUUCUCCUCGCUGGUCACUCAGCUGGAGGGAAAGUGAGGCGCUGAGGGCAGCGCUAAAGAGCACUCUCCACCAAGACCUGCGGCUCUACAGUGACAUGAUGAGACAAGCCAAGCAUGUUUUUCCUGCAGGCUCUUUGGAAGCCCAGACAAGACACUAACCAGGGGAACUGGUUGGUCCCUGCUCAAGCUCACGUCCAGCUGAGCAUUACCUUCUCCUGUCACAUGUGACAAACAGCAGCCUACAGAAAACAGACUCUCCCCUUCUGCCACACAAACAACUCAUUGGAACCCUCGAAGACGGCUGGUGGACGUUUUUUUUUUUUUUUUGUGUUCGGUGAGCUCUCAACUUAACCCUGAUGGCACCAGACAAGUGUUCUUACUGAUUGUAGAAAUGUUUGACGCUGAUAGGCUGUCUCCCCAUGGUUUCCUGUCUUGUGUGCUUGCUGUUUUAUAAAUGUCACUGUCAUAUUUUAUUAAAUCUAUGUAUGCCUUUA